UUUUUUAUUACACAUCAAUCUAAAAGUUGAAAGACGGUUCAUACAGAAAAGAAUAACUCAAUUAAGGUUAGCUGUAAAAGCAAACAAGUCAUAGAGAAAGGGAUGAAUUCCGCAAUUUAGUCCGAAUUGCUUAUUUGCACGAGCACCUCCUAGUCCCCACGUGUCUGUGAAGCAGCGUCAACAUGGUACCUCAAGCCCGGUAGUUUUCUUCCGACCAUCCAGUAGUUCACUCAUGGGCUGUUUUUGAUCGUGUUAGGUGUUUGAACUGCAGGGGGUGUGCAGGUUGAAGUCCUCUGGUAUAUCACUGCUGCUCCCCUGAUCCUGUAGUUAUGGCUAGUGGAGAUGAAGAUGAUCCAAUUAUAGAGGAGAUCGAUGUGUACCUCGCCAAAAGCCUCGCAGAUAAGCUCUAUCUUUUUCAGUAUCCUGUCCGACCGGCUAUUAUGACCUACGACAACGUCAAUCAUCUGGCGGCUAAGAUCAAACCCAAACAACAGAGGGUGGAGGUAGACGUAUCCAUGGACACCAUGAGUCCAAACUACUGUCGCAGUAAAGGAGAACAAAUAGCUCUCAACGUGGACGGCGCGACCUACGAUGAAACCAAUACGUACUCCGCGAAAAUGAUGGACAAGCAGACCUUUACCUCCAUCCAGGCCACCACCAACACCUCCAGAUAUGCAGCUGGUGUGUUUCGCAAAGGCGAGCUUCAUGUCACUCCUCUGACGGGAAUCUUGCAGUUGAGACCCAGCUUCUCGUAUCUGGACAAGGCCGAUAACAAAACCAGAGAGCGCGAGGCCGCCAAUGAAGGUGGCGACUCGUCCCAGGAUGAAGCUGAAGAGGAGGCCAAAGCUAUUACAGUGAGGUUUGCUCGUCCGGAGUCGGAGCAGGCCCGGCAGAGGAGGAUCCAGUCGUACGAGUUCCUGCAGAGGAAGCAGGCGGAGGAGCCCUGGGUUCACCUGCAGUACCACGGUGUGAAGGACGGACGCUCGGAGCAUGAAAAGCAGUACCUGUUCUGUCAGUCUGUGGACGCCUCUGAAAACUCGGAACUGGUUAAAUCUCCUAAGGAGUACUUAUCAAUGCUGAUGCCGCCUCUCGCUGAGGAGAAAGUAGCAAAGCCGGUCGGUCCGAGUAACGUGCUCUCCAUGGCUCAGCUCCGCACUCUUCCUCUGGCAGAGCAGGUCAAGACGCUGAUGAAGAAUGUCAAAGUGAUGCCUUUUGCCAAUCUAAUGGGCCUGAUGGCGUCUGGCGUCGACCAGAUCUCAGUGCUGCGCUGCAUCCAGCAGGUGGCACUGUUGGUUCAGGGAAACUGGGUUGUGAAGAGCGAUGUUCUGUAUCCAAAGAAUACCUGCAGCGCUCACAGCGGCGUUCCUGCUGAGGUGCUCUGUCGAGGCAGAGACUUUGUGAUCUGGAGGUUCACUCUGGAGCGUUCUGUGAUGAGAAAGGAGAUUGCAUCCAUCAUUAAACUUCCUCCGGAGGAUGUGAAGGAGUUCCUGGAGCACGUGGCGGCGCCUCGGGUCAACCGUGGCUGGGAGUUCCUGCUGCCCACAGAUGUGGACUUCAUUAAGAAGCAUCCAGACGUGGCGCACAGGCAGAGCAUGCUGUGGCUCGGGAUCCAGAGCAAGUUGGAAAAGGUGUUUAAUUUCUGUAAAGAAGACUUUAUACCGAAGAAUUCUUCUCAGCCUGAGCUCGUCCACAUGAGCGGGGACCAGCGCCUGAAGAUGGCUCUGGAGCGGGCGAAAGAAACCCAGUUAUCCCUGCAGAAGGACCUGGAUGCCAGGCGGGCAGAAAACGCCGUUCGCAUCAAACGGGAGCCCACCAGCGACAGGGAGGACGAGCCAAUGGACACCUCGUCGUCUUCUGCCCCUAAUGGUUCACUGAACGGUUACCCCGCCUCCUCCCACCACUUCGAUCAGGUGAACGGGGGGAGCCCCGCGAGCGCGCCGUCUCCGGAGCUGCAGGACUUUGUGAAAAACACUUUCCGGAAGCAUUUUGUAUUGACGUUGAACGAGCUAAAGCGACUCUUUAACCUUCACCUGGCGUCUUUACCGCCUGGACAAAACGUCUUCCACUCCAUCUCGGACCAUCUACUGCAAGACGCCGUGCUGCUCUGCCAGUGCAAACAGAUCCUGGUGCCUUUUCCUGCACAAAGCAAAGCAGCUCCUGAUGAACAAAAAGUGUUUGCAUUGUGGGAGAGCGGAGACGACUUUGAUAAUCAUCGUCGGCAGCUCUACGACCUGUUCAGCAAAAGUUUCCGGGUCAGGAGGAGCAUGAUUCAACUCAAGCUGUCGCAGGAGCUGGGCGACGUGUCGAAGACUGACGUUGACCGAGUGCUUCAUGACUGCUGUACGAGCUACGCGGGCUGCUGGUACCUUAAAGGAACGGCACCAUCUUGACCACAAGCAUAUCGUCACCGCUAACCAAUCAAAUCCUCUCAGAAGAGUCCAGUGGGAGGGCCGUUGAGGGAUGAGAGCUAAUGUCAGCCCGGCUGUGGGAACAGAAGACUGAGACGCCUGCUCAGACGAGAAACUUUUCCAGACCCGAAUGCAGGCGCUAACACAGAAACACGCUCUCCUAGCAGGAGAGGCAGACCGGAAAAACCGAGGAAACUGCUAAAUAUACACAGUUUAUCAGUUUACUUUUGCAUUGGUGACCUCAUGGCUGAUGUUUCCUCACUAAUAAAUCAGGACGGUUUUUACUAUUGAAGCCACAA